CUGCCAGUGGAGAUACGCGCCUUCCCUCCCCUGGGGCUAUUGCCAUAUAUAACCCCCAGAUCUCCACGCCCUGCUUCCCCAAGUCUUUGGGGAUUCUGAGGUGUGUAAUCGUGGACGGGAGGCGUUAGCUCGGAGGAGGCAUUUUGGGCUGGGUGAGAUCGGGCCAGCCAUUUGGUCCUCAGGUUGCAAGGCACCGCAGCAGGGCCGCGGCCUGAGUUGCCGCUAGGGUUUUGUGGAGAAUCCCCCGGGUCGCCAGACUGGAGCGGAGAGCACGGCGCCGCUGGCCUGGGGAGCCGGGUAACCAGCGGCCGAGGUUGGGGUCACCCGAGCCUAUGGGACCGCCAGGGCGGGGCGGAGGGCGCCGCGGCCUGGGGCAGCCUGCGCGGCAAGCGCCCUGCGGCCGGGCCCAGAAGGGCCGCCAGGGAGCGCUGCGGGCUCCCGCUCCCGCCCCCUGGUAGGCGGGGCUGCGCUCUCCCCGCAGCCGCCGCCGCAGCCGCCGCCUGGGCCGCCCCGUGUCCCCGGUGGAGCCGCUGCCGCCGCCGCCGGGAGCUCGAUGCGGACGGAGCCCGGGCCGGGCCAUGGGGAUCCUCAGCAUCACGGACCAGCCGCCCCUGGUCCAGGCCAUCUUUAGCCGAGAUGUGGAGGAAGUGCGUUCCCUCCUCUCGCAGAAGGAGAACAUCAAUGUGCUGGACCAAGAGAGGCGAACCCCACUUCAUGCUGCUGCCUACGUAGGCGAUGUCCCCAUCCUCCAGUUGCUACUGAUGUCAGGUGCUAACGUCAAUGCUAAGGACACACUGUGGCUGACCCCUCUUCAUCGUGCUGCUGCCUCCCGAAAUGAGAAGGUGCUGGGAUUGCUGCUGGCACAUUCAGCAGAUGUGAACGCCCGGGACAAGCUGUGGCAGACACCAUUGCAUGUGGCCGCUGCCAACCGGGCCACCAAGUGUGCUGAGGCUCUGGCACCAUUAUUGAGCAGCCUCAACGUGGCUGACAGGAGCGGGCGCAGUGCCCUGCACCACGCAGUGCAUAGUGGGCAUCUGGAGACGGUGAACCUGCUCCUCAGUAAGGGAGCCAGCCUGAAUGUCUGUGACAAAAAGGAGCGGCAGCCUCUGCACUGGGCGGCUUUUCUAGGGCAUUUGGAGGUCCUGAAACUGCUGGUGGCACGGGGAGCAGACCUUGGCUGCAAGGACCGCAAGGGCUAUGGGCUGCUCCAUACAGCUGCUGCCAGUGGCCAGAUUGAAGUGGUGAAGUACUUGCUACGGAUGGGGGCUGAGAUUGAUGAGCCCAACGCUUUUGGAAACACAGCUUUGCACAUCGCCUGCUACCUGGGCCAGGAUGCUGUGGCUAUCGAGCUGGUGAACGCAGGAGCCAAUGUCAACCAGCCAAAUGACAAGGGCUUUACACCACUGCAUGUGGCUGCGGUCUCCACCAAUGGCGCGCUCUGCUUGGAGCUGUUGGUCAAUAACGGGGCUGAUGUCAACUACCAGAGCAAAGAAGGGAAAAGUCCUCUGCACAUGGCAGCCAUCCAUGGCCGUUUCACCCGCUCCCAGAUCCUCAUCCAGAAUGGCAGUGAGAUUGAUUGUGCCGACAAAUUUGGGAACACGCCACUGCACGUGGCCGCUCGCUAUGGACACGAGCUGCUCAUCAGCACCCUCAUGACCAACGGCGCGGAUACCGCCCGGCGUGGCAUCCACGACAUGUUUCCCUUGCACUUAGCUGUUCUCUUUGGAUUCUCUGACUGUUGUCGUAAGCUUCUUUCCUCAGGUCAGCUGUACAGCAUUGUAUCCUCACUCAGCAAUGAGCACGUUCUUUCAGCUGGGUUUGACAUCAAUACACCUGACAACCUUGGCCGUACCUGUCUUCAUGCUGCUGCUUCUGGAGGGAAUGUUGAAUGUCUUAAUUUGCUGUUGAGCAGUGGAGCUGACUUGAGGAGGAGAGACAAAUUUGGAAGGACCCCACUGCACUAUGCAGCCGCCAAUGGCAGCUACCAGUGCGCCGUCACACUGGUGACCGCCGGGGCAGGCGUCAAUGAGGCUGACUGUAAAGGUUGCUCUCCGCUCCAUUACGCUGCCGCCUCCGACACCUACAGGAGGGCGGAGCCCCACUCAUCUUCCAGCCACGAUGCUGAAGAGGACGAGCCACUGAAGGAGUCCCGCAGGAAGGAGGCCUUCUUCUGUUUGGAAUUCUUACUGGAUAACGGUGCAGACCCCUCCCUGCGGGACAGGCAGGGCUACACAGCCGUGCACUAUGCAGCCGCCUAUGGCAAUAGACAGAACCUCGAACUGCUCUUAGAAAUGUCCUUUAACUGCCUGGAGGAUGUAGAGAGCACCAUUCCAGUCAGCCCUUUGCACUUAGCUGCCUACAACGGUCACUGUGAAGCCCUGAAGACACUGGCCGAGACGCUGGUGAAUCUGGAUGUAAGGGACCACAAGGGCCGGACCGCGCUCUUCCUGGCCACUGAGCGAGGCUCCACUGAGUGUGUGGAGGUGCUAACGGCCCAUGGCGCCUCUGCCCUCAUCAAGGAGCGCAAGCGCAAGUGGACACCCCUGCACGCUGCUGCUGCCUCUGGCCACACUGAUUCCCUGCACUUGCUGAUCGACAGUGGGGAAAGAGCUGACAUCACAGAUGUCAUGGAUGCCUAUGGACAAACCCCACUGAUGCUGGCCAUCAUGAAUGGCCACGUGGACUGUGUACAUCUGCUGCUAGAGAAAGGAUCCACAGCUGAUGCUGCUGACCUCCGGGGCCGCACUGCCCUCCACCGUGGGGCAGUGACUGGCUGUGAGGACUGCCUGGCCGCCCUGCUGGACCACGAUGCAUUCGUGCUGUGCCGAGACUUCAAGGGCCGCACGCCCAUUCAUCUGGCCUCAGCUUGUGGCCACACUGCAGUACUGCGGACCCUGCUGCAGGCUGCCCUUUCCACAGACCCCCUGGAUACCGGGGUGGAUUACAGCGGAUACUCGCCCAUGCACUGGGCCUCCUACACUGGACAUGAAGAUUGUCUGGAGUUGUUACUUGAACACAGCCCGUUUUCAUACCUGGAAGGAAACCCCUUCACUCCUUUGCACUGUGCAGUAAUUAAUAACCAGGACAGCACCACAGAGAUGCUGCUGGGAGCUCUGGGUGCCAAGAUUGUGAACAGCCGAGAUGCCAAAGGACGGACCCCUCUUCACGCCGCUGCCUUCGCGGACAACGUCUCUGGGCUCCGGAUGCUGCUGCAGCAUCAAGCCGAGGUGAACGCCACUGACCACACUGGCCGCACCGCGCUCAUGACGGCGGCUGAGAAUGGGCAGACCGCUGCUGUGGAAUUUCUGCUGUAUCGAGGGAAGGCAGACCUUACUGUGCUGGAUGAGAACAAGAACACUGCCCUCCACUUGGCCUGUAGCAAGGUACCACCGGCAGUGCAGGGCCACGAGAAAUGUGCCCUCAUGAUCCUGGCAGAAACCCAAGACCUUGGCCUUAUCAAUGCUACCAACAGUGCGCUGCAGAUGCCCCUACACAUUGCCGCCCGGAAUGGUCUAGCUUCUGUGGUGCAGGCCCUGCUGAGUCGUGGGGCCACAGUGCUGGCUGUGGAUGAAGAAGGUCAUACCCCGGCAUUGGCCUGCGCCCCCAACAAAGAUGUGGCAGACUGCCUGGCCUUGAUCCUUUCCACCAUGAAGCCUUUCCCACCCAAGGACGCCGUCAGUCCUUUCAGCUUCAGCCUGCUCAAGAACUGUGGCAUCGCAGCAGCCAAGACGAUGGAUGCAUCCUGCACCCUCCAGGCCCCUCCUCCCCAUACCUGCUUUGAGCCCUCCUCCUGCCACAUCCUGGUUUUCUAUGCUGUUUUGGUGCAAGUACAACUGUCGUAGUCAUGGCUUUGGGAUGGGUUCUGUUUAUUAAAAUCCUGUUGCUCCUACUG